UUUCGAAGUAACAACCAACAUUCUCUAACAUCUUCCAACAACAUGUGUAUCUUGCGGCUGUAUUAUUAUGCGUGAGGAAUAUUCUUUCAAAGUGAUAUUGUAGCAAGACUCAUUCAAUAUCACGACUCCAUCGAAAUGGCCAGUCGACUUCGAAGCAAACAGGGAUGCUGGACGUGUCGACUUCGGAAGAAGAAAUGUGAUGAGAGACAUCCCAUAUGUUCUACCUGUGAAUCCCUAACUAUCACAUGUCAUGGCUACGAUUCGAAACCAGAUUGGAUGGAUGGCGGGGAGAACGAGAGGGCGAUGGCAAAUAGCAUCAAGCAGACCAUCAAGCAAACUUCUAGGAGCAGGGCUUCUGGAAAGAUUGGAAGUCUGACCUCACGCUUUCAGAGGCAUAUAAUCCAGCAAACUCAAUCUAUACGGCCGGCUUUGGCACCCAGAGCAGUUGUCGACUUUGAGGGACAGCCUUCACCAGCCUCAUCCAUCGGCCCUGGGUCUCAUCAGGACACUGAUACUAUGUCCAACGUAGAAGGCUUUAAGGUGAGGGAAGGCAGCUCCGUAAGUCAUCAUCCUCCAUGAUUAUCAGGGGACUAAUUAGAAGUAGGAAAAUGAAGUGAAGGCCCGGGAUCCUCGUAUUCAACGCGUUCCGCUGUCUACGGUCUCAGCCGACGAAUCAAUUCUACUAAUGCAUUUUCUUGAUGUUGUGUUUUACAUACAGUAUCCUAUGUACAAAUCUUCAGUUCACGAGGGUGGUCGUGGCUGGCUGCUUUCUCUUCUCCUGCAUACAAGGCCGUUGUACCACGCAGCUUUGGCUUUGAGUGCUUACCAUAGAGGAACUAUUCUUCUAGCCUCCAGACGCAAUGCAAACCAUGCAGAUGUAUUGGUCGAGCAAGAAAAGCACUUAGCCGCUUGUCUUUCGAAUUUUCAGAGGCAUAUCAAACACGUUCACCAAUUUGUCGAAGACAGAAACCCGGGAGAAUGUCUGGGCGUUUUGGCUUGCGUGGUGCAAUUGAUAUUUUUUGAGGUAAGCAUCUGGUGUUACAAUAUACCGCUCUCCUCUGAAAUCAUGCUAACCCAGGACCAAAGAUAUUUAUAAACCAAAGCGACUCAUGGCAAGUGCAUCUACGGGCCGCGACCGGCUUCGUUAGCGAAGCUUAUUCAGAUAAUUUGCAUUUGGGCACUGCACAGAACCCGUUGGCAAUGGAUGUGUAUAGCAAACCACCACUUCAGCCAUGUCACGAUGUCCCAACUCCACAAGAGGUUGUGAUAUUCCGUUUUUUCGGUGGAGUUGUUUUCUGGCUAGAUGUUGUAUCCUGCAUCACAACAGGAAAAUCUCCUCAGAUACUUGCCUUAUCUACCACCGAACCUCCCAGCAGUGCUUUUAAUGAAUUGCAAGCCAUCAUGGGAUGUAAGAAUUGGGUUAUGUUUCAAAUUGGUCACAUUGCUUCCAUUCAUGCAAGAAGAACGGCAGCCUUCAUGACAGAUUAUUCAGAGAGCGACGAAGAAAUGAGGUUAGAGGCGGGCAGCAUUCUAGCAAAACUUGAACUCGGAACUACUGAAUUGGGGGCUAUGUCGUGUGGUACGCUCAACGGCACAGACCAGACCAACGAGCAACUAUUAUCGCCCUAUUGUACCGCGAUAACUACUACAAUACAGAUUACCCGACUGUUUUCUUUUAUGGGGCUGAUAUAUCUGAAGUGGGUACUCAUUGGUUUCCAUCCAGAAUCGGAAUGUAUGACGUACAUUACAAACGCUAUGGACGCUCUGAAACAUGAUACUCCUAGGCAUAUUUUACCAGCAGUUAUUAGCCCUCUAUAUGUGAUCGGAUGUGCAGCAAGGGAGGAAGAUAAACCGUUCUUUAGAGAUGUGCUCUCUUCCGCACCAUUAAUCGAUCCUUCGCUUGUUCAUCGAGGAAAGAUCUUGCCACUAUUGGAGAAGAUUUGGAUAUUGAGGGAUAACUCACCCAAUGGAGUAUCUUGGUCGGAAAUACUACAGCAAUCAGAUGGAAGCCUGUUGCUGUUUUAG